GGGCAGUCAGUCAGUCAGGGAGGCGGUGUAUUUAGUUUUUAACCCGGCCUGCCGUCUCCCCGGAUGUUAUAACCGGCUGUGCGGUGCAGAGAUUUAGGGAUGCGUCGCUCAGCGGGGAACCGGCGCACAGCGGAGCUGAAAUGCGGACGUAGCCGUUAGCUGGCGGGCCAGGCCGCGGAGAGCUGGCUGUGCUGUCCCCGCCUCCUCCGCACCGGGACAGGAGCACGAAUGCUGAGCGCGGAUCUCUGCACCGACUCCGGUAAAAAACGUUGGCGAAGAUGCGCAAGGACGUGAGGAUAUUGCUGGUGGGGGAACCCAAGGUGGGGAAGACGUCCCUCAUCAUGUCCCUGGUCAGCGAAGAAUUUCCAGCUGUGGUUCCCUAUCGAGUCGAGGAGAUCACCAUACCAGCAGACGUGACGCCAGAAAGAGUCCCCACACACAUCGUGGACUAUUCAGAGGCAGAGCAGACCGACGAGCAGUUGUUUCAGGAGAUCUCUAAGGCAAAUGUUAUUUGCAUCGUAUACGCCGUCAACAACAAGACAUCCAUCGAGAAGGUGACAAACCACUGGAUUCCUCUCAUCACCGAGAACACAGACAAGGACAGCAGGGUUCCUCUGAUUCUGGUGGGCAACAAGUCAGACCUGGUGGAACACAGCAGCAUGGAGACCAUUCUGCCUAUUAUGAACCAGUACAGUGAGAUAGAGACGUGUGUUGAGUGUUCAGCAAAGAAUCUGAAGAACAUCUCUGAGCUGUUCUACUAUGCCCAAAAGGCAGUCCUCCACCCCACAGGUCCCCUCUACUGUCCUGAGAAGAAAGAUAUGAAGCCUCUUUGUGUUAAAGCGCUGACCCGAAUCUUCAAAGUGUCCGACCUUGACAACGAUGGUAUCCUCAAUGAUAAUGAGCUCAACUUCUUCCAGCGUGCGUGCUUCAACAGCCCGUUGGAGCCUCAAGCAUUGGAGGAUGUGAAAAAUGUGGUCAGGAAGAACUUGAUUGAUGGAGUGCACUAUAACGGACUCACUCUAAAAGGCUUCCUGUUCCUGCACACGCUGUUCAUUCAACGCGGUCGCCACGAAACAACCUGGACGGUUCUGAGGAGGUUCGGAUACGACGACGACCUGGAGUUAAAUCAGGACUAUCUGUUCCCUCCGUUAAAGAUUACUCCUGACUGCACCACGGAGCUCAAUCACAAUGCCUACCUCUUCCUGCAGAGCAUCUUUGACAAACACGACAAGGACCGUGACUGUGCAUUGUCGCCUGACGAGCUGAGGGACUUGUUUGACGUUUUCCCCUACAUGCCCUGGGGUCCAGACGUCAACAACACUGUUUGCACCAACGACCAAGGCUGGAUCACAUACCAGGGCUACCUCUCACAGUGGACGUUAACAACUUAUCUGGAUGUCCAGCGAUGUCUGGAGUAUUUAGGCUACCUUGGUUACUCAAUAAUUGCUGAGCAGGAAUCCCAAGCUGCAGGAAUUACAGUGACCAGAGCUAAGAAGAUUGACCUGCAGAAGAAACAGACUCAGCGCAACGUCUUCCGCUGUAACGUGUUUGGAGACAUGGCCAGCGGCAAGAGCGGCUUCCUCCAGGCCUUCCUGGGUAAAAACCUUGAGCGACAGAAGAUAAUUAAAGAGGAGCAUAGAUCCUACUAUGCCAUCAGCACAACAUAUGUUUACGGUCAGGAAAAGUACCUUCUGCUUCAUGAGGUAUUCCCGGACUUUGACUACCUGACUGAUGCUGAUAUGGCCUGCGACAUUGUCUGCCUGGUGUAUGACGUCAGCAACCCCUACUCUUUUGAGUACUGCGCCAAAGUCUUUAAGCAAUACUUCACGGACAGCAAGACACCGUGCAUGAUGAUCGCAGCCAAGUCAGACCUGCCAGAGGUUAAACAGAUGUAUGGCUGCAGUCCUCUGGAGUUCUGUAGGAGGCACAAGAUGCCGCCUCCGCAGUCUUUCACCUGUAACUCAGCCGCUGAACCAAACAGAGAAAUCUACACCAAGCUUACUACUAUGGCCAUGUACCCCCACGCCCGGCUGCGCUGCAUGUGCACCUGUAACCGGUGCACGUUCUGCUUGUGUCAGAACCUUCUGAACUCUGAGCUGCUGCAGACCGUCAGGACCAAACUCUACGCUGUCGUGCUCAGAAGUUUUGCCUCUCUGCUUAACAGACAUAUAAUCCAAGAAGACCUGACGAGCUCCAGCUUCUGGCUGAGGGCAAGUGUCGGGGCCACGGUGUUCGCAGUCCUGGGCUUUGUCGUGUACAGAGUGCUGCUGAAGAUACGGUGAUCAUCUGGCAAACUGAUCCAACCAUUGUUACCAUGGUGGCUAAGGCAGCCAAUUUUGAUGGAUCAAAAUAUUGGACACUAUUUUAUGCAUUUAGAAUAUAAUGAUUUGAAAACUAGAUUACUGUUACAAGUCUCUUUAAUGCGGUGGAGAAAUAUCUGCUCCUAUAUAAACCCUCUACCUUUUCCUGAUUCUUUCCACUGUUCUUGAGAAUAAAUUAUUUAUUUUGUAACAAUUUGUUUAUUUGCUUAAUCUGAUUGAAAAUAAAAAUACAGAUAAUAUAUAUUUCUAUAAAGUUCUAGAUAAGCUGCUGCUAAUACAUGUGUUGCAUAUAAAGCUAUGUUUGCUUGCUUGCUGAUUGGUCUGAUAGGGGUUGAUUACAUUCUAUAGUUUUUGGGAUGUUUGAGGUCUGUAAAUACAGUAUAUGACAUAUAAUAGCUUGCAGAUGUUUUGUUUUCUGCUCAUCCAUGUGGAAACACAAUAACUAUGGAUAGAAAAACCGGCCAAACACAUUUCUGUCUUGUUUGCACAGCUCAGCUGAUCAGCAGUGGGUAUAAAUGUUGCUGCUCUUUCGUGUUUUCCCGAAGAGGUCAGUUUACUUCCAAUGGAUGCAUGAAUUUUUGGACUAAGAAAUUGACUAAACUUUGUGUAAGCAUGCAAGUUUGUUAUUUUUACCUGGAAAAAACAGCAAUGUAAGCUCAUUCAGUUGUUUGUGUUUUUUUUUUUUGUUUUUUUUUAAACAAAGUUUCUCUGGUCUUGCUCAUUUAAGCGCAGAAGAGUUGAUGAAGAAGCGAUGACUCCUGUGAGAGGCAUCUCUCCUCGUCAAUAAAGAUGCAAAAAUGUGACUUAAAAGUGCUAAUUUUCACAAAGGAACACCGAAUCACCACAGUAUUCAUGUAUUCCUUCUGCCCGAACUUUCUGAACGUUUACAAUAAAUGAAUGGUUAUAACGUG